AUGUCGGAGAAGUUCCAGGCAGACAAGCCCAACACCCACUAUUUGGCGAAUUUGGAUAAUUUGAACCAGACCAAUAAUGCCGUUCAUUUGUCCCGCCUUCCAACGCUAGGUGAGAUCCUUCUGAACAAGACGAGAUCGCCAGUCAACUUGUACACUUUCUACUUGUACAUGCAAUACAUUGAAAACAACGUCGACCUCUUGGACUUUUGGUUCGACCUUAUAGCCCAUCUCAACCUUUGCAAACAUUAUGUCAAGGGCUUAAGGGAGUCGAUAGUGAGAAACUCAAACCAUUACGCCAGUGGUUCUCCAAUGAUGGGCCACGAUAGCCCCAGAAACCUGGCCAUGGGAAGUCCACAAAGAGAUUCUUUUCCGUUGACUGAGGGUUCCAAACACAAGUCGGUUUCGCUGUCGAUGCUUUUGGAUCUCAUCAUCAACGAUCACAUCUUAGAGGACAACGAUUCCAAUAGACUUUCGCAGUUUCUUCGAGGAGAAAUCAACCUUAAUGACGUGGAUCCUAAGAUCAAAGAACUCAUCGAUAAGUAUCAGGACGAUGGCGGCGUGAAUCCACCUUCCCCUAUUGUCGACAACGCUCUGUACGGCGGUUUCACUGAAAAACGAGUUUCCUCCAACUCCAAACUUUUAGACGACUCUUUCGACCAAACUCAACAAAGCGAUACCUCCUUUGGUUACCCACAGCUGCCGUCUGCGGGUAAUACUCAGGCACAUGGAGGUAAGACGUAUUCGGCCCUUCGGCGCUCUUCCAUAAACCCAUCCUUGCUCGAAAAAAUCAUCAGAGACUCGAAGCACAGUCUGGGCUCGUUCAUCACUCGUAACAAUUUGCGUGAAUCUUCCCACAAUCUUUUACUCAAAUACUUCGUUGAAGACUCCGAAAAGAACCUUAACCUUCCCACAAAACUCAACAACUACAUCAUUAACGCCAUCGAAGUCGAGGGCAGAGACGACCCAGACGUUUUCAAUGCCGUUAAGCGUUACGUCUUCAAUGUUAUUGAAAACCAUUACUUGCCCAACUUCCUCAACUUUGUGGCCAUCAAAAACGUUAACCGCUCCAUCAACGCCCGUAUUGUUAUCGGGUUUUUCUUCAUAUUUGCAUCAUUCUGGAUCGCAUUCACCUUGAUCUUUUUGGAUUUGUCGAAAGGUUACAGGGCUGUGAUUGUUAUUUCGUUCCUCAUUGGCUUCUACUGCCUCGUAUCUUCCGUGUACAGACUCGAUCCGCUACUAGCUUUGGUGGGUCACAGUGAAUCUUUUAUACCGAAGAAAACAUUUAUCAAGGUGAACGACCGCUUCAUACAUCGUCUACUCGUGAAGCGGUCAGUGUGGGUGCUUGCGCUCAUUCUUUUGUUCACUGCAAUUUUAACCAUCGUCUUUUGCCUUGUUCCAGGAAGACGACUUUAA